AUGCCUGCUGCAAAGGACAUCAAAUCCCCCACUGCCAAGAAACCAGAACAGGAGAAGAAACCAGAACAAUUCCAGCAGACCAAGGGUCCUCCUUCAGCACACCCAAGAGUGGACAAACCUCCAUCAGAGUCACCAAAAAAAGCAGUGAUUUCCAAAGCAGGCCAAUCUGCCUGUCCUCUCUGUAAACUGGAACUGAAUGUGGGCUCUAAAGAUCCUCCCAACUACAACACUUGUACAGUGUGCAAAAACACUGUCUGUAACCAGUGUGGAUUUAAUCCCAUGCCAAAUGUUAAGGAGGUGGAGGAGUGGUUAUGUCUGAACUGCCAGAUGCAGAGAGCACUAGGAGCAUCUGAGCCUCCAGGAACUCCCAUGAUGAAACUCCAAGCCUCACCAAAUAAAGUCACUGUUCCUGUUCCUCAAAAGAAAGACAUCUCUGCACCAGGUUCCCCUCAGAGAAAACCAUCAACACUAGCAGAGCAGUCAGCAAAGGUUGACGUCAUAAAAGGACCAGAAAACCAGAAACAGGGCAGCCCAGCUCCUGGUCCGAAAACUCCACAGGAAGGCCGGAAGACAGGUCCUCAGAAACCACCAGACCAGAAAAGUCAAACUGGACGUAAGCAGAGCAAUACUACCUCAACUACACAAGAGGAAUCCGGAGGCUUCUUUGGAUUUGGCAGUCCUAAACCUCAACCCGAUUCUGAAAGACCUGCUGAAUCUCUGGGUGGAAAAAUGUUUGGCUUUGGUUCCUCUAUCUUCAGUUCUGCAUCCACUUUAAUGAACUCAGCUGUACAAGAUGAUUCCAAAACUACACCACCAGUUUCUCCCAAGAUGCCUGCCGCAAAGGCAACCAAAUCACCUCUUGCUCAGAAACAAGAACAGGAGAAGAAACUAGAGCCAGUCCAGUUACCGAAGACCUCUCCAAUGCUACAAGCCAAAGUAGAAAAAGCGCCAUCAGAGUCUCUAAAGGAUGCAGCUGCUUCCCCAGCUGUUCCCAAAGCAGGCCAAUCUACCUGUCCACUCUGUAAGGUGGAACUCAAUUUUGGCUCCAAGGAACCUCCCAACUACAACAACUGCACUGAAUGCAAAAACACUGUCUGCAAACAAUGUGGAUUCAAUCCGAUGCCAAAUGUUUCAGAGGUAAAGGAAUGGUUAUGCCUGAACUGUCAGAUGCAGAGAGCUCUUAACACAUCUGAAGUCACAGCACCUCCUAUGAAACCUCACAAUGCAACUAACAAAAGUUCUCCAUCUGCUGUACAUGCUCCUAAUGAAGUGGGAAAUCUAAAGAAGGAAUUAUCGACAUCUGAUGCACCUGUAAAGAUGGAGACUCCAGUGGACACACUUCAAAAGAAGGGGAGUUGUACACCAGGUUCUCCUCAGAAAACACAGCCGACAGCAGCGACACAGGCAACUAAGGUGGCUAAAGGACCACAAAGUGACACACAGACCAGCCCAACUCCUGGUCAGAAAACUCCUCUGGAUAUAAUGGGGUCAUCAGGUUCUCAGAAACCAGGUGGCCAGGCAAAUCGACCUGGACUAAAACAGAUAAAUGUCACCCCAGAUAAACAGCAAGAGUCAGGAAACCUAUUUGGCUUGAGUAGUCCUAAAACAAGGCCUGAUGUUUCAAAAACAACAGAGUCCAAGACUGGGAAAAUGUUUGGCUUUGGCUCCUCCAUUUUCAGCUCAGCAUCAACCUUAAUAUCAUCCGCUGUUCAGGAAGAAUCACGUACUACACCACCAGGCUCUCGUAAGAUGUCUGCACCAGCACAAGUCUCACCCAAGAUGUCUGCUGUGUCUAAGAUUUCUCCAAAAAGUACACCGACAGUUUCUCCCAAAAUGUCACCAGCAAGAGAGCCCAAAACUCUUUCUCAGAAGCCAGAGCAAAAGAAGAAACCAGAGGAAUCCAAUGAGAGCAAAGAGGACAAAGCUUCAUCACAGCCACCAGAGACAGCAACAGUCACCCAUAAUGCAGGCCAGGCCAGCUGUCCACUGUGUAAGGUUGAUCUUAACAUAGGAUCCAAGGACCCUCCGAACUACAACUCCUGCACUGAGUGCAAGACCACUGUCUGUACCCAAUGCGGAUUUAACCCAAUGCCUAUAGGAGAGGUAAAAGAGUGGCUAUGUCUUAACUGUCAGAUGAAAAGAGCAGUUGGCGCAUCUGAGGUCCCAGGACAUCCCACUAUGAAGUCUCAAACAUCACCUAGUAAAGUUCUUUCUUCGGCUGCUGUCCUGUUGAAGGAUUCUUCCAAACCAACCACACCUCAAAAGACAGUCAGUCCAGCCCCUGCUGUACAAAAGAAGGAGAGCUCAGAACCAGUCUUACCACAGAGAAAACAGUCUACGUCGUCAGUGCAAUCAGGCAAACCUGAAGCUGCUACUGCAUCAUUGAAACAGGCCAGCCCAGCACCUGAUCAUAAAACACCACAGGAAAGACAGAAGACAGGUCCAGAUAAGAUACCAGAUCAGGCAGGCCAACCUGGCCUUUUUGGUUUUGGUGGUCCUAAAUCUCAACCUGAUACUGCAAAGCCUGCAGUGACUGAGAAGAUGUUUGGCUUUGGUUCUUCCAUCUUCAGUUCUGCAUCUACUUUGAUAACUUCAGCUGUUCAGGAUCAGCCCAAAACUACUCCACCAGUUUCUCCCAAGAUGUCUCCUGCAAAAGAGAUAAAGUCCCCUGUUGCCCAGAAGCUGGAGCAGCAGAAGAAAACAGAGACAUCCAAGCAGAUCAAAACAGCUCCAUCAGCACAGGUCAAAUUGGACAAAGCCCCACCAGAGCCUCCAAAGGCUGAAGCAGCUUCCCAAGUAGCUGUCAAACCAGGCCAGUCUACCUGUCCACUCUGUAAAGUUGAACUCAACAUGGGUUCCAAGAAUCUACCCAACUACAAUACCUGCACUGAAUGCAAAAACACUGUCUGUAUCCAGUGUGGAUUUAACCCUUUGCCAAAUGAAACAGCGGUGAAGGAGUGGUUGUGUCUAACCUGCCAGAUGCAGCGGGCUCUUGGAGUGACAAAGCCCUCAGAAGUCACUUCUGUCAACUCUCAGAUACUUGCAAAACCCCAAAAGAAAGACAUCAUUAGCCCAGCUGAACCUGAAAAGAAAGAGUCAUCAGCACCACACUCACCACAGAAGAAACUGUCCGUAACAGCACAGCCAACUACAACUGAGGCUGCAAACAAGCCAGGGGGUCAGAAACAGCCCAGCCCAGUUUCUCAUCAGCAAAGGCCACAGGAGCCCCAGAAAACAUUAGGUCCUAACAAAACACCAGACCAUACAAGGCCAACAGAACGUCAGCAGAGUAAUGCCACUGCAGCGACAAAGCAAGAGUCAGGAGGCCUCUUUGGUUUUGGCAGUGGUAAAACUCAACCCGAUACUGCAAAUCCAACAGAGUCAGUAACUGGGAAAAUGUUUGGCUUUGGUUCUUCCAUCUUCGGUUCUGCGUCAACUUUGAUUACCUCAGCUGUACAGCUGGACCAGUCCAAGACCACUCCACCAGUUUCUCCCAAGAUGUCCCCAGCGAAAGAGAUCAAAUCCCCCAUUGCCCAGAAGAAAGAACAACAGAAGAAGCCAGAGCAAACCCAGCAGACUACGACAUUACCAUUGGUACAGGCCAAAGUGGACAAAGCUCCACCAGAGCGUUCAAAGGCUGCAGCAGCCUCCCAAGCCACUGUCAAAUCAGGCCAGUCCAUCUGUCCACUCUGCAAGGUUGAACUCAACAUGGGAUCCAAGGAUCCCCCUAACUACAAUACCUGCACUCAGUGCAAAAACACUGUCUGUAACCUGUGUGGAUUCAACCCCAUGCCAAAUGUGUCAGAUAUGAAGGAGUGGUUGUGUUUGACAUGUCAGAUGCAAAGAGCUCUCACAGCAUCUGAAUCAGCAGAUGCUCCACUGAUGAAACCCAAGGCCUCACCCAACAAAGUGUCCACACCUGCUGCUGCCCAAAAAUAUCAGGACAUCCACCAAAACAGGAAUCAGAAGGUUUCUCCAGCUUUGGUAGUCCUAAAUCUCAGCGUGUUGCCUCAAAAACAACUGAAGCAAUGA